CACAACUCCAAUUUCUUUUCACAAUUAGUAAAUAACUAUAUUAACAAAUCUACAAAAAACUAGCCCCUAUUUUAACCACUAGACCCAAAAUUUUAUAAUUCCUUAAGGUGCCUAUACUAAUAGUAGCAAAAUCACAUUACCAAUUAUUUUGUUAAUUGACCAAAUUUUAUCCAAUAAUCACAUUACCAAUUUUUCUAAAAGUGUAUUUAUGUUGUUCUUAAUUUGAGGUGAAAAAAAAUCCCCCUUUAAAAAGCAGGACCGGCCACAAAUCCAACGGCCCAGAUUAGAUCUUGGUUCCAAAUUUCACUCUUUUCCUCUAAAACGCAUUUAUCACUUUCCCUCAUUAAACACAAAAACUCAUUCAUCGUCCUCUCUCGCUUGACCUACAACACCCGAUUCUCUAAUCGAAACCGUUUCUCUCUUUUUGAUCAGAUCUCAGAUCUUUCCCUCUUUGAUUCUUCUUCCUUAGAUCGAUUCUCUCUAGAAACAACAAUGGCGUCUGGGCGUGAAGAGUUCGUAUACAUGGCUAAGCUCGCGGAGCAAGCGGAGAGGUACGAAGAGAUGGUAGAGUUUAUGGAGAAAGUCUCCGCCGCCGUUGAUGGCGAUGAACUCACCGUAGAAGAGCGAAAUCUUCUCUCCGUCGCUUAUAAGAAUGUGAUUGGUGCUCGCCGUGCCUCGUGGCGUAUCAUUUCAUCGAUCGAGCAGAAGGAAGAGAGCCGUGGUAACGAUGACCACGUCACGGCGAUCCGUGAAUAUAGGUCUAAGAUCGAGACGGAACUCUCCGGAAUCUGCGACGGAAUCCUUAAGUUGCUUGACUCUAGACUCAUCCCUGCCGCUGCUUCUGGUGAUUCCAAGGUCUUUUACCUUAAGAUGAAGGGAGAUUAUCACAGGUACUUGGCUGAGUUUAAGACUGGUCAAGAGAGGAAAGACGCCGCCGAACAUACACUCGCCGCUUACAAAUCUGCUCAGGAUAUUGCUAAUGCAGAGCUUGCUCCAACACACCCAAUUCGUCUUGGUCUUGCAUUGAACUUCUCUGUGUUCUAUUACGAGAUCCUCAAUUCUCCUGAUCGUGCCUGUAACCUCGCCAAACAGGCCUUUGAUGAGGCGAUUGCAGAGUUGGACACUCUUGGUGAAGAGUCAUACAAAGACAGUACCUUGAUCAUGCAGCUUCUUCGUGACAAUCUCACUCUCUGGACAUCUGAUAUGCAGGAUGAUGCUGCGGAUGAGAUCAAGGAAGCAGCAGCGCCAAAACCGACCGAGGAACAGCAGUGAUCUUUUGAGUGAAACUGCUAGUUUUCUUCUAGGGUUUGGAAUUUCUUCUCUUUCUCGUCCAUAUGUUUUUCUUAAUCCAUCUAAGAGGUCGCUCUUGCCAUUUCGCUCAUCUUCAAAAGCUUAUUCAUUCAUCAUAUUUGUGGCAAGUCUGAACCAUCAAUCAUCUUUUUAUCUCUUUUUAAUUUAUUUUCUCUUUUCUUAUUUCUUUGUUGUUAUCGAUUUCAAUGUCUGUGUAAUCGAAACUUGCUUUCUUUUCUCAUCAAUUUGAAGAUCAUAAAGUCUCUUGUCUCUUAUCUUGUUGCGUAGAUUGAUUGUUUAUCAAUUUUUAAUUUUAAAA